GUGUAGAGUCUGUGACUUCUUAGUAACUCUAAAAUGAAGCACCGAAUGAAUGGCAUUUAAAAAAUAUGUAAUCAAGCGUACAGGACUGAUGGGAAGGCUGCUAUAAAAAAUAUAUACAACUGAUACUUCUUUGGGCCCCUGUUUGAAGCAGCGUGAAAAAAAUUUUAAAGAUUUUUUAAAAAGCGUUAUUGAGAUACAAUUUACAUAUCAUAAAGUUAACUUAAAGUAGGUUGUAGUGAGUUUACGCAGCGUGCAAGUCUCACCGCAAUCUAGUGUUUUGUUUAUUGUUUUGUUUUUGAAGCAGGAUAAAUUUUUAAGUAACUGCUACGGAGAGGUCUUGCAGCGCUCCCACCUUCCUGGGAAAAUGCUUAGUUUUUAUUUAACAAUUUUAACUGAGCUCAGCAGUUCGCGUCUCUUGGUGGGAGUAGAUUGCUCCAGUCUACUGUCCCCAGGGGAGCGCUAUCCUUUCUCUGAUUAUAGUUCUUAAGCCCUAGUUACUCACUUUGCAAACUUCAGGCUCCGGUCGCGCACGGGACAAACUGCGGGGAGUGAGCCGCGCGGGCCGCCGUAGUCAGCUGCUAAGAGCAGGAAGAGUCCGAGCAGCGGGCGGAGUCUGCAGGAUGGCACCGGACCCGUGGUUCUCCACGUACGAUUCUACUUGUCAAAUUGCCCAAGAAAUUGCUGAGAAAAUUCAACAACGAAAUCAGUAUGAAAGAAAAGGUGAAAAGGCACCGAAGCUUACCGUGACAAUCAGAGCUUUGUUGCAGAACCUGAAGGAAAAGAUCGCCCUUUUGAAGGACUUAUUGCUAAGAGCUGUGUCAACACAUCAGAUAACACAGCUUGAAGGGGACCGAAGACAGAACCUCUUGGAUGAUCUUGUAACUCGAGAGAGACUACUUCUGGCAUCCUUUAAGAAUGAGGGUGCCGAACCAGAUCUAAUCAGGUCCAGCCUGAUGAGUGAAGAGGCUAAGAGAGGAGCACCCAACCCUUGGCUCUUUGAGGAGCCAGAGGAGACCAGAGGCUUGGGUUUUGAUGAAAUCCGGCAACAGCAGCAGAAAAUUAUCCAAGAACAGGACGCAGGCCUUGAUGCCCUUUCCUCUAUCAUAAGUCGCCAAAAACAAAUGGGGCAGGAAAUUGGGAAUGAAUUGGAUGAACAAAAUGAGAUAAUUGACGACCUUGCCAACCUAGUGGAGAACACAGAUGAAAAACUUCGCACUGAAACCAGGCGGGUAAACAUGGUGGACAGAAAGUCAGCCUCUUGUGGGAUGAUCAUGGUGAUUUUACUGCUGCUCGUGGCUAUCGUGGUUGUUGCAGUCUGGCCGACCAACUGAUGGCAGUAAAGAGAUCACCAGCAGUGACACCUGCCAAUGACAGAUGCAAGCCCAGCACCCUUUUGGUACGCAAAACCUCCUCUCAAUAAAUUCCCCCAAAGCUCUGA